AACAAUCGGGACGCUUAGUCAACGUUAACUGUGGACCUUCGACUUUCUCAGUCGUUCAACGGUCAGCAACAUUUAGAUCCAGUUUCUUGGUCACCCCUUCUCUCUUUCCGACCCUCUUCCGUUCUAAAUUUGCGUCUUAAGUGCCAGCUGGCGCGUUCGGGUGAAAAAAAAAACAUGAGCGUAGAAAAUGACCUUACUCAAGACCCAUACGCUUACGAUGAACCCAAUUUCGGUUAUGAGGAUGAGGAAGGCGAAGAUCACGGGGAAAUAACGCAGGAGGACUGUUGGACUGUCAUCUCAAGUUUCUUUGACCAGAAGGGUCUUGUCCGUCAACAACUCGACUCUUUCGACGAGUUUGUUCAAAAUACUAUGCAAGAACUGGUGGAUGAGAACUCCGAUCUCAUUCUGGACCAAGCAGAACAGUACACAGGUGCAUCGAACGAAGCCACCGGCAGUCGCAGAUACGAAAUCAAAUUUGGACAAAUCUAUCUCUCAAGACCUACUGUUACUGAAGCAGAUGGGCUUGUCGUACCGGUCUUCCCGCAGGAGGCAAGGUUACGCAACCUGACCUAUUCGGCGCCCCUGUACAUAGAAAUGAAGAAGAGGGUGCUGACUGGCCGAGAUGACGGAGGGGAGACGGUGUGGGAGACAGAAAAUGAUAGUGGAGCAGAAGGGACGAAAGUAUGGAUAGGCAAGGUACCGAUCAUGCUGCGUUCCACUUUCUGCAUCCUCCGAGGUCUUCAGGACCAUGACCUUUAUGACCUGAACGAGUGUCCAUACGAUUCUGGAGGAUACUUCAUCAUCAACGGUUCCGAAAAAGUCCUCAUUGCACAGGAGCGUAUGGCUACAAAUCAUGUAUACGUAUUUGCCAAAGCACAACCCUCUCCCAUCAACUUUCUAGCAGAAAUUCGUAGCGCGGUUGAGAAGGGUGGAAAAACUAUCAGUCAGUUUCAGGUCAAAAUGUUCCACCGGAACCAAGAGCGUUCCCUUGGAAAUGUCAUGAAAGCCACAAUACCUUAUAUCAAAGUCGAUAUUCCCAUCUGGGUCGUGUUUCGUGCCCUCGGGGUCAUCUCUGACAGGGAUAUUCUCGAGCACAUAUGCUAUGAUAUGCAGGAUGUCCAAAUGCUGGAGAUGUUGAAACCUUGCAUAGAUGACGGAUUCGUCAUUCAAGAUCGUGAAGUCGCGUUGGAUUUCAUCGGUAAUCGUGGUACCACGACCGGUCUUUCACGAGAAAGACGUAUCCGUUACGCACAGGAGAUCCUGCAAAAGGAGAUGUUGCCGCACGUAUCGAUGGCAGAGGGUUCUGAAUCCAAGAAGGCCUAUUUCUUCGGAUACAUGAUCCAUCGAUUACUUCUCGCAGCCUUGGAAAGACGUGAACUUGAUGACCGUGACCAUUUUGGUAAGAAGCGUUUGGACCUUGCAGGACCUCUAUUGGCCAACCUGUUCCGGAUGCUGUUCCGAAAGUUGACCAAGGACGUGUAUCGUUACAUGCAAAAGUGUGUGGAAACGCACAAGGAGUUCAACCUGGCGCUCGCCGUCAAACACCAGACUAUCACGAACGGACUCAAGUAUUCUCUUGCCACUGGCAAUUGGGGUGACCAGAAGAAAUCCAUGUCUUCAAAGGCAGGAGUGUCACAAGUGCUCAAUCGUUACACUUAUGCGUCUACAUUGUCCCAUUUGCGUCGGUGUAAUACUCCUCUUGGUCGUGAAGGAAAGAUCGCCAAGCCACGUCAGCUACACAAUACUCAUUGGGGAAUGGUCUGCCCUGCAGAGACACCCGAAGGGCAGGCCUGUGGGCUGGUCAAGAAUCUCGCUCUUAUGUCCUGCAUCUCCGUUGGGUCUUACUCUGCACCCGUCAUCGAGUUUUUGGAGGAGUGGGGGUUGGAAUCGCUGGAAGAGAACGCACACUCGAGCACGCCGUGUACGAAGGUGUUCGUGAAUGGUGUAUGGAUGGGUGUGCAUCGUGAUCCAGCGAACCUGGUCAAAACGAUCAAGAAACUUCGGAGAAAGGAUGAUAUCAGCCCUGAAGUUUCUGUAGUUCGAGACAUCCGAGAAAGAGAACUGCGGCUGUAUACUGAUGCGGGUCGGGUUUGCCGACCUUUGUUCAUCGUGGAAAACCAGCAACUCUUACUCCAGAAGAAACACGUCAGGUGGCUCACCAACGGUCAAAACGAUGAAGGAUCCGAGUAUAAGUGGGAGCACCUUGUGAAAGGAGGUAUUGUGGAGUUGCUGGAUGCUGAGGAAGAAGAGACUGUCAUGAUUUCGAUGACACCCGAGGACCUCGAGAACUCGCGGCUUCAACAGCAGGGCAUCGAUCCUCACGCAAACGACGGUGACUUCGAUCCUGCUGCUCGUUUGAAGGCAGGCAUAAACGCUCAUACUUGGACCCACUGCGAGAUUCAUCCUAGCAUGAUUCUUGGAAUCUGUGCGAGUAUAAUUCCUUUCCCAGAUCAUAAUCAGUCUCCUCGUAACACCUACCAGUCCGCGAUGGGGAAACAAGCUAUGGGAAUUUUCCUUACGAACUUCCUCAUCCGCAUGGAUACGAUGGCAAAUAUCCUUUAUUAUCCUCAGAAGCCUCUUGCUACGACUCGUUCCAUGGAGUAUUUGAAAUUCCGAGAACUACCCGCAGGGCAAAACGCCAUCGUCGCCAUUCUUUGUUAUAGUGGAUAUAACCAGGAAGAUUCGGUCAUCAUGAACCAAAGUUCUAUCGACCGUGGACUUUUCCGAAGCAUCUAUUAUCGAAGUUACAUGGAUCUUGAGAAAAAGAGCGGUGUUCAGCAGCUGGAAGAGUUCGAAAGACCUUCACGAGAGAACACGCUACGAAUGAAGCACGGAACAUAUGAUAAACUCGAAGAUGAUGGGCUGAUCGCUCCUGGGACUGGCGUUCGUGGAGAAGAUAUUAUUAUUGGAAAGACAGCUCCGAUUCCUCCCGACAGCGAAGAGUUGGGCCAGCGUACUCGUACGCACACGCGGAGAGACGUUUCGACACCACUCAAGAGCACAGAGAGUGGUAUCGUUGACCAAGUGCUCAUCACUACAAAUUCCGAAGGACAGAAGUUCGUUAAAGUCCGUGUUAGGGCUACGCGUAUUCCUCAGAUCGGCGAUAAGUUUGCUUCUCGACACGGACAGAAGGGUACAAUCGGUAUCACUUACAGACAGGAAGACAUGCCUUUCACAGCAGAAGGUAUCACCCCUGAUCUAAUUAUCAAUCCUCACGCCAUUCCAUCUCGUAUGACUAUUGGUCACUUGGUGGAGUGCCUGUUGUCGAAGGUAGCCACCUUGAUCGGUAACGAAGGUGACGCGACGCCCUUCACUGAUCUAACUGUAGAGUCGGUCUCUAUGUUCCUGCGACAGAAGGGGUACCAAUCUCGUGGUUUAGAGGUCAUGUAUCACGGACACACUGGUCGAAAGCUGCAAGCACAAGUCUAUCUCGGCCCUACCUACUAUCAGCGCUUGAAGCACAUGGUGGAUGACAAGAUACACUCUCGAGCCAGAGGGCCUGUGCAAAUCUUGACGCGACAGCCUGUAGAAGGUCGUAGUCGUGAUGGCGGACUUCGUUUCGGGGAGAUGGAGCGUGACUGCAUGAUUUCGCACGGUAUCGCUGGCUUCCUCAAGGAACGAUUAUUUGAAGCUAGCGAUGCCUACCGCUUACAUGUUUGUGACAUAUGUGGGCUGACCGCGAUCGCAAACUUAAAAAAACAAAAUUUCGAGUGCCGUGCUUGCAAGAACAAGACAGCUGUUUCUCAGUUGUAUAUUCCAUAUGCUGCUAAACUGCUGUUCCAGGAGUUGCAAAGCAUGAAUAUAGCUGCUCGGUUGUAUACAGUUUCCUCUGGGCGGAUACGAGAUUGAAUGUGGUAAUAUCUAGGUAUUAGAUGUAUAAUACAUUCGAACUAAGGUAAAACUACCCGAUCC